CGCACACGUUCCUAUUAAUAACUACAAAUAACAUCUUUUCUUUCUUCUGGAAAAACUGUCUUGUUCUUAUUAUCCUCUAAUUUACAGUAAUGUAUAGAAUGCAUCAAAGCCUCCAGCACUCCUGCUGUUCAGAGAGUCAUGGCGUCUCUGGACUAUGAUGAAGUGACCGCGUUUCUGGGGGAAUGGGGGCCGUUUCAGCUCAGCAUCUUCCUCCUGCUCAGCCUCAGCAUUGUGCCGAACGGAUACGCGGGCAUGGCCAUGGUCUUCCUCGCUGACACGCCGGACUUCCACUGCAGGGCGCCGCAAGCGAACACCAGCGUCUGCGCGCAGCCUGUGAACGGCAGCAGCGAGCCGUGUGUGAACGGGUGGGAGUACAGCACCGAGCGCUAUCACAACACUAUAGUCACUGAGUGGGACCUGGUUUGCGGAGAUGCCUGGAAGGUUCCCUUUACGCUGUCCAUCUUCUUCGUGGGAGUCCUGAGUGGGUCAUUCAUAUCCGGAGAAUUGUCUGACAGGUUUGGACGUAAGACGAUCCUGUUUGCAACCAUGGCCACUCAGCUGGUGUGCAGUCUGCUCCAGGUCGCCUCAGUGAACUGGGAGAUGUUUAUCGUUUUCUUCUGUCUUACUGGCUUUGGCCAGAACUCCAACUACAUGGCAGCCUUUGUGUUAGGCUCGGAGCUGCUAGGGAAAAAUUUGCGUCUGGCUUUCUCUGUGCUGGGUGUGUGCGUGUUUUACGCAGUGGGUUACGCUCUCCUUCCCUUAUUUGCCUAUUAUUUGAGGAGUUGGAGGAUCCUGCUCACAGCACUGUCAAUGCCUGCACUACUCUAUAUCCCCCUCUGGUGGUUUAUUCCAGAGUCUCCGCGCUGGCUGCUGUCUAAAGGCCGUGUCCAGGAAGCAGAGGAUAUCAUCAGAGCAGCAGCGAGGAAAAAUGGUAUCACUCCACCGGAGGUUAUAUUCAAGGAUUCAGAACUGAUUAAAUCUGAGUCUGAAAGUGGGGUCUCUUACACAUACAUGGACCUGAUCAAGACUCAGAAGAUGAGGAGUUUGACUCUGCUGAACAGUGUUGUAUGGUUCACCACCACCAUCAGCUACUUUGGCCUGUGUCUGAGCACUCCGAACAUGAACGGAGACCCGUAUCUGAACUGCCUGUUCUCAGCUCUGACCGAGGUGGCGGCGUACGUGCUGACGUGGCUCCUGAUCAAGGUGGUGCCGAGGCGAGCGCUCAUUACAGGUCCACUGCUGAGCGGUGGCCUCGUCCUGCUGCUUAUCCCUGCCGUCCCGACAGAUUACGGCAGCGUGACGGUGGCGCUGGCCAUGCUGGGGAAGCUCGGCGUCACGGCAGCUUUCGCCGUCCUCUACAUCUCGACGGCGGAGCAGUUCCCCACGGUGGUGCGCGGGAUGGGGAUGGGAAUCUGCAGCAUGUGCUCAAAGAUCGGCAGCACUAUCUCUCCGUUUUUCCCUUACUUCGGUCAUUACGAUCAGGUUCUGCCUUACGUUCUGAUGGGAGUGCUGACGGUGAUCGCCGGGCUGCUGAGUAUUCUGAUGCCAGAGACACGAGGCAUUCCCCUCCCCGAGGCCCUCUCGCAAGUACAGAGUCUAAACUGGUGCUGUGGCUGGUGUAGAAAUCGUCGAAGAACAGAUAAAACACAUGAAGGUCUUGCAACAAAGAUGUGAUCUGAGAAUCCCAACGUAGUAAUGUGCACUGUCUGAUACUUGACCUUUAUACAAAUAUUUCAUAUAUACAUUUCAUGUUGUACUGAGUAGGUUUACACUACCAUUGAUCAUCUGGUGAUCACAUUUUUUUAUUUAUUUUAUCAGCAUUUUUAUUUGUCAGAUUGUGGUUUUUCAGCUAUUUUAGAGAUUUAUUCACAGAUUUGCACAUUUCUAAAUGUAUUCAUUUAUAAUUAAGCAAAUGUGUUAAGCAAAAGAGUAUGAUCAAGAACUUUUUUUUAUGUGAAUAGAUCUUUAUUUUGCUGGUGCUGAUUACAUAGACACAUUGAUGAAAUUAAUCAAUGCUCCAAAUGAAUCCAUUACUUUCAAAUUAAUGAGACAUGAUCCUGUUUUCAAAUCCAUAUCCAUAUACAACCUCCAAUCAACAUCAUACCCGGAGAUCUAUGUAUGAUAGCUUCAUAAACACUGAGCUUAACUACUUCAGGGUUGAGUUUGUGUUGACAAUAAUAUACCCAGAAGACUAUUGAAUACUCGAGCUGGCUGUGUCCAGAGCUUAAUAUUCUUGUAGUAAAUAUUAAAAGAACUUAGAAUGAUAUACUGAUAAUGAUGUAUAUUUAUUGUGUGGCUGUAAAUACUUAAAGGAACAUUUUGAUAAAAAGUAAAUUUACAGUUUAUUACUUGU